AAAGACUCGGACUAACAGGUGCCCUACGAGGUCCACCAGCUGUACACUGGCAUAUUGACCCUCAUAAUUUUAAAAUGCAUAUAUGGUUGUCAUUCUGAUGUUAAAACACAUGAAAUGACUUUCAUGUGCACAAUUUGAUAAAGAAACCUGAUAGUGAAGUGAAGUUUCAGAAAUCAAUGUAAAGGACUCACAUGGUGUAAUAGUUCAAAAGAUCAAUGCCAUUAUGUACCAGAAUGUGUAUGGCUGGAUACUUGAUCAUUGGAAGCUUACUGCAGACUCUUUUAAAGAUGUUGAUUCUGGAGACAGCACUGUGACAAAUUUUUCAUACAAAAAGGACAUGUUUGAAAUUAAUAGUCAAUUUAUCAUGGAUAGCCAGUUUGAAAGUAAAAUCAGGGUACAGGAAAGGGAUGAAGAUACAUUUGUCAAUCGUAAAAAGAGAAAAAGAAAAAGAAAAUCUGAUUUAAAUGAAGGAGAAAUUAAAGCUAAAACAUAUCAUGAUAAAAUUAUAGAAGUUAUUGUACGUGCCUAUAAAUCUUUACUCGAUGGUUCCAAAGAUAUGAAGCUUUUUAGAGAUCUUGGUAAAUCAUUAGAUAAUAAUGUUGCUGCAAGAAAGAUUGCUGCCAACUCUGGACCAGGAGACAAACUGAGGGAAUUGUGUUAUACUGAUAUCAACGACCUUGACAUUGAAACUGUGACUUUAAAAUCUCAUGGUGUUUAUGAUGAUUUGUGUAAUAAACUUGUGAAAAAUUGCAGCAACUCUCCCAUAAAAGUUAAAAUUAAGGAUGACUUUUAUCUUUUACCUGCUGAAUGUUCUUUUAUUAUGGGUGACACUGUUAAUUUAAAAUACUUUUCUACAAUUUUAGGCAGAAAUGAAUUUGAUUUUAUUUUACUUGAUCCACCGUGGGAGAAUAAGUCUGUUAAAAGAAAGAAACAAUAUUGGACAUUGAAUAAUGAAGAAUUAUUUAAAAUCCCAGUUCCUGAGUUAUCUGCCCCUGGUUGUGUUAUUGGUGUGUGGGUUACAAACAAAAUGAAACAUAAGGAUUUUGUUAUACAAGAGUUAUUCCCCUUUUGGAAUGUAGAUUUUAUAACAACAUGGUAUUGGAUUAAAGUCACAAAGACUGGCAGUACAGUAUUAGACAUAAUGUCCGAACAUAAAAAACCAUAUGAAAUUCUUAUAUUAGGAAAAUGUAAACACACAGAAAUGAAGGAUGUAUCCGAUGAAAAGAUAGACUCUAACACAGAAGAAGAACAUACGAAAAAUGACAUUUGUAAAAAUAUGAAAUGCAAAGAAAACUUAAGUGAAAAGAUAAGUUCUAAAUCUUUAGAUGGCAUUUGUAAUGAGAGAACUAUUUUACCUGCUUCGUUUAACAACCAUGAUAUACCGUUAGAUGGGACAAUGAUGAGUGUGGCUGGUGAAGACAGAUCCAUCUUACCUGCUCCGUUAAACAAUUAUAAUCCUCCGUUAGAGAUGACAAUGAUGAGUGUACCUAGUAGUAUUCAUUCUAUGAAAAUUCCAUUACAAGAUAUCAUGAAACCUUAUCUUCCAGAAACUCCAAAUUGUUUGGAAAUAUUUGCCAGAAACUUGACGCCAGGUUGGUGUUGCUAUGGUAAUGAGGUGUUUAAACAUCAGCAUAUGGAUUAUUUUGAAGUUUUUACCAAAGAUUCUAGAAUUCCAUUAGACUCGGAUGUAAAAUAAAUAAAUGUUUAAAGCAUGCAUUCGAAUUAUUUUAAAUAUUUUAGGUGCAUUGUUCAUGCUUUUGUGCACACAUUUAAGUACCAAUUCCAAAAAUAUUUGUACACAUUUUAUAACCAUCAUUGUUGUUAUAUUAUAUAUUACUACUACCUGACUACUAGAAACAAUGAGAAAUGGUAUUACAUAUAUUGAUAAUUUUUGUCUGUCAUUGAAACCAGCCGAAACUGUGAUAUGAUGUUCAGUAGUUUUUCAGGAAUCUAAUGUUUAGGAGUUGUCAUUUGUUAAUGUGGUUCAUAAGUGUUUUUCAUUUCUCGUAAUGAUAUAGAUAAAUAAAAAUUUCCAUUUGAAUUGUUUAACAAAGUCAGGUCAUUUUUAGGGUUCUUUAUAGCUUACUAUUGUAAGCUAAGGCUCUGUGUUAAAGGCUGCUUUUUGACCUAUAAUGGUUUACUUUUAUAAAUUCAGUGGUGGAUCCAGGGGGGGGACCCCCCUUUUUUAGCUCACCUGGCCCGAAGAGCCAAGUGAGCUUUUCUCAUCACUUGGCGUCCGUCCGUCGUCGUCCGUCGUCGUUAACUUUUACAAAAAUCUUCUCCUCUGAAACUACUGGGCCAAAUUAAACCAAACUUGGCCACAAUCAUCAUUGGGGUAUCUAGUUAAAAAAAUGUGUGGCUUGACCCGCCAAACCAACCAAGAUGGCCGCCAUGGCUUAAAAUAGAACAUAGGGGUAAAAUGCAGUUUUUGGCUUAUAACUCAAAAACCAAAGCAUUUAGAGCAAAUCUGACAUGGGGUAAAAUUGUUUAUCAGUUCAAGAUCUAUCUGCCCUGAAAUUUUCAGAUGAAUCGGACAACCCGUUGUUGGGUUGCUG